UUCAAUGGGCGUGAACAUCACGCUAUAUAACAAGGAGUUGAGCGCAACGCGUCCGUUUGCUGAAGUCGGUUGUGACCAUCACAUGGUCACAAUGCAGGUACUUAAAUGGGCGCUGCCGCUACUUAUUCUUACGCUCGCCUACGCUGUCGACGCCUCCACGCCAGAUGAACGCCUCGAAGACUAUUUCAAGCAAAAACUUGACGACUUCAAGAUAAAGCUUCACGAAGCCUUCGAAAAGGCCAGACUGCAGCGCCACAAGCGAAGUGUUGUGGCUCCGGACAGUCCUGACUACGGCGUCUUGCCUCAAGACCACCUUCGCGUCAUCGGUACGAAGCCGGUGGACCUGGGAAUCCGUCUCGGCAACGUGUCCUGCUGGGAGCCCGCGUACGUCGCGGGCGCGACGUUCCUCGUAGUCGCGACACGGACCGGACAAGUCGAGCUGUUACGAUGGGCCAGCGGUCGUUACGCUCCGUUCGCUGGAAUGGCCACAAGUUUGACGACUGUCAAAGUCAAGGCAUUUGUGUACGGAGACCAGUUGUGGAUUGUGUGCCUACAUCAGAGACACGGUGGGAGAGACCAUUUUGUGCGUCUGUACUUGCUUCAAGGUGAAAACCUGGUCACCAAGCAGACCGUUGAACUGGGCGGGGAAUCGGACAUCGACAUGGUUCGCGGUGCUUCCGCCCACUAUCUCGUCACGUGCGUGUUCCGAACCUACUCUGGUUCUGGUACGUCGUACAAUGGGAAGCUCGUACUUUACCAAUGGAAGAACACGCAGUUUGACGCAGUGUCGCAGCACUCGGUCAUAGGGGCAAAAUCUGUCGUUGCUUGGAGUAUGGAUGGACCCCUCUACAUCGCUGUAGCUCAACAGAGAGACAAUGCCGGUGAACUUUUCCUGGGGUCUCCUGUAUUCAUCUACAAUCAGCGUCGGGAACACGAGCUCAGCUUUGUGCAGGUGAUCAGGUUUUGGCAAGCCUUAAAGGUGAACCACUUCACUGUUGCUGGCAUCCACUACCUGACUUUUCUGACUCGGCAAGGGGUCUUCCUCUACUGGUAUGCUGGUGAUCAGUUCCUGGAAUGGCAGACCCUUCUAAACACUGAGGGUGCGGAGGACGUUUCGAUCUUCACUCUGCCAAAUGGAGAAGCUGCCAUAGCAGUUGUGCGAAGGGAUGAGGUGAUGUUUUUCCUGGAGACGGAGUCCUCGACUUACAACUGCACAUUCACCCUGAAGAUGUCCGGCAUGUCCCUCUCGAGCGUGGUGUUCCAGUUUAUCGAAGGCCAGUACUUCAUGUUCGCGACCCAGGCAGUGCCCUCUGCUCCCCAGCCACCCCUGCAACUGGUUCUUCAGAAGUACAGCUUCGUUGCCCAAGGGAAGCCAGAUCCUCUUCUCGACUGCCUUCACAACCUGGAGAACUCCCUCGGUAGGCGGCAGGCUCACGUGGACCACCUUGCCGCAAACAUCGGGCGCGUGUGGACGUCUAACGGGCAGAGGCCACUCGCCACAGAGCUGAUAGUCAUAGACGGUCCUGUCAAAGUCACCGGAUCGGUCACCGCACCAAAGGGCGUGAUUGUUCCCCAAGCCCAGAGGGUCCCCACGGUCACCCCGGACGACGUCUCACGGCAAACGAACGACAUUUGGAAAGACGUUGCUAGAAUGGAAAACGAAUUGAAGGGCGUCGUGUUCAAGUCGGUCCCGCAGACGAUUCAAGGAAACCUAAAGUUCGACAAACCAGUCAGUUCGUCAACAUUCAACGCUGCUCAGCUUGUGGACACGACGUUGAACGGUGUUCCACUCGUCGACCUGCUGAGGAACACCCUCAAGGCGACUGGCGACCAGGUCAUCGACGUUCCGGUGUCGUUCAACGACCUCUACGUGAACAACCUGAAUGCUCACACAAUCAACGGAAUCAACAUUUCGGACGUCAUGUUGACAAACAAGGACCAGCUCGUCACCGGCAACCUCAAGUUCGGCCAUGUCUCGCUGACCGACCUGAACAUCCAGAGGGGCCAUGCAAUCAAUGGCAUCGAUCCAGAAAAAAUAGUCACGACAAACACUCCACAGGUCAUUCGCGGGAGGAAAGAGUUCGCAAGGCUGCGCGUCCCCGGCGACCUCAAGGUUACCACGACGACAAACAAUAAAGACCUGUCAGCAUUUGUUGCUCAGCUGGUCCCCCUGCAAGGUGUCACAACGGUGACCGGAGAGUGGACGUUCCAGGCUCCCCUGACCGUCGGGUCCGCACUUGCCCUGAAAAACCCGAUCAACGGACUUUACAGCGUUGCCAAGCUGUACGCCGAGGCAGUUGAUAAGCACAGCCACCAGACCAUCCGUGGGCCAAAGACUUACCAGGCACCUGUCGUGAUCCACGGAAACGCUGAAGUUGCCGGCACCCUGAAUGGCAUCCGUCCCAGUCACGACUUGGUCACGUUGCACACUCCUCAGAACAUUGCGGGCACCUGGAUCGUCAAGGAUGAGAUUCACUUCAAGCGUAACCUCGACGCUGGCACGGUCAACGGCUUGGAUAUCGCCAGGGACGCCGUGCUCCGAAGCAAGGGACCGCAGGUGCUCUUCGGACGAAAGGUCUUCGACGCGGACGUCGUGGUCACCAGGGACAUCGCCAUGACUCCCGGGAGCACAAUCGACGGCGUCGAUCCAUCCGAGCUCGGCCGGACGCCGGGCCUCGAGACUGUGUACAACACCGCGGUGAACAUAGAGUCGAUGAUAGUCAUUGGGAACGUGGUUGCGCAGAAGGGCAUCAACGACCACAUGGUGCGUGAUCUGCUGAACCUGAUAUGGCUGAAGUCUGCUGACCAGUCUUCUUGUAGUUACCACUACGACUGCAUGCUGGCCAUCAAUGCUGCUGUGAAGUGCAGCUUCACAGCAACGCUUGUAGGGUUUCCGGGAAGCCUCAUCUAA